AUGUCCAGCAUUUCUCUGCGUCUAGCAGCGAGUACCUCACGGGCAGCGCGUCUCGUUCCAGCUUGGACCUUCCCCCGGCAAAUACGCUCCAGAAAUAUCCAUCAACGAAAAGACUUGCCGUAUAAUGUCGAGGAGGGCAUGGGGCAUUUCUUGCCGUCGGAGUCGUUGAGGAUGAUCGCAGUCGACUAUCAGCAAGGCUUGCUGGACAGACUCAAUGAGCAAGUAAGAGGAACCGACCUUGAGGGCAAGAGUGUUGUGCAAACAGUCAUAGAGGCUGCGCGGAAUCCCAGCAAGAUACUGGAGUUCAAUUAUGCGAGUGAAGCUCUCAAUAACUCAUUCUUCCUCGGAAACCUCAAACCUCCACAGGGUGAUACUACAUCACACGAGGGCGUUUUGGAAGGAUCAAGACUUUAUGGCCGUAUUGCUCUCAACUAUGGUACAUUGGACCAUCUCAAAUCCACCUUCAGCGCCGCGGUGCUGGGCAUGUUCUCGUCGGGCUGGUUAUGGUUCGUCUGCGACCAGACGGGCUCGCUGGGUAUCUACCCUACCUUUGGUCCCGGCACCCUCCUGGUGCGCUCCAGGGUACCCAAGCCUUUGGUCUACGUCUACGGGGAAGACGCGAGGGACCCGCUUGUAGAAAAAGCCAGAGCUUUGGCAGCUGCGAAGGCAGCAUCCUCGGAGUCUGCCUCGUCAGCAAAUGCCCCGAGUUCACCCACGUCAGGCAUCUCCCACACAUCGCCGCCUCUGAACCCAGGCACCCCCUCGCGACCGCUCUCCUCCUCCGCCAUUCACCGGCUCGAAUUCAAGCCGAGCAGCGUGCACAGCACCGACCCCGCUGUGAGCGAAGAUUUGCUGAACGAGACUGAGAACAUCACACCGAAAGUGGGGGAGGUGCUGUAUCCGUUAUUCUGCGUCUCUGUGCAUGAACAUGCGUGGGUGAGCGCCGGGUACGGUGUGUGGGGCAAAGAGGAGUACAUGAAGCGAUUCUGGACGGUGUUGAACUGGGCGAAGGUCGAGGACACGUACGUGAGCUGCGUGGGCUCAAAGCUAAUCUGA